AUUGAACAAAUCUCCCCCGUGUACUGUCAUUUAAAAGCCCGAGUACACUACAUAGUGAAAGGCUGGGUUCUUGUUAGGACACAAAUUUACAAGCUGUGUGGACUUGGGGAUGGAAAUUAAACACCUCUUGUUUUUGGUUGCUGCUACUUGCUUACUGCCUAUGUUGUCCAUGAAAAGGAAAUCAGCUAAAGACCAAUUUAAUAAGCUCGUCACUGACUUGCCAAAUGUACAACAAGAGAUCGUUAAUAUACACAACGCCCUCAGAAGAGGAGUAGUUCCACCAGCCAGCAACAUGCUGAAGAUGAGUUGGAGUGAAGAGGCUGCACAAAAUGCCAGAACUUUUUCAAAGUAUUGUGAUAUGACAGAGAGCAACCCCCUUGAGAGGAGACUUCCAAAUACCUUUUGCGGAGAAAAUAUGCAUAUGACAUCUUAUCCUGUAUCAUGGUCCAGUGUAAUUGGAGUCUGGUACAGUGAGUCUAAAAAUUUCAAACAUGGACAAUGGACAACAACGGAUGAUGACAUAAGUACUGACCAGUACACUCAGAUUGUUUGGGCCACGUCUUACCUGAUUGGCUGUGCCAUUGCAUCAUGCCGCCACAAAGGAUCACCUCGAUAUUUCUAUGUUUGUCACUAUUGUCAUGACUAACCCCUGUAUCUACUAUGAUGAAUACUCCGACUGUGACUUACAAGUCCAUUAUCUUGGAUGCAACCACUCGACAACUAACCUGUUCUGUAAAGCCACUUGUCUGUGUGACACGGAGAUAAAAUAGGUCUUUGUUAUUUUCAUCAGUUCUGUGCUGUGACGAUGAGGAGAAGAUGUCUGUUGGAUCUUAUCUUUUGCUAUAGUUCAGUAGUUUCUGCUAAAUUUCAUUUGAUUUUAAUCAUGCUGGAGAUCUUAACUCCUGUGCCGAUACAUCCUGAAGUAACACUGUUCUAAAUUUUCUUAGUGCUGGAGUAAAAGGCCAAGUCCAACACCUGCCUUAAAUUUAAAUCAUGCAAUUUAUAGUUCUUAAGUUGGCAUAAUUCAACUUACGGUAUAACUGAGUCUCUCAACAGUAACCUGGGCUAAAGUAGGUCUUAUGUGGUUGAACUCCCACCCCCGCUUUCCCCAUAUUUUCAGCCACUCUGAUUAUCUUCCCUGCGCAACUAACAUCCAGUAAUAAUUCUUUACUUUUAAAAUUUUACUUCUACUUUAAAUCAAUCAUUAAAGGAAUCCACAAAGCAAACAGAGUUCAGUCUCAUCUUGCAAGGUAAAUAUCACUUAAUUGGAAGUAGUUUAAAUGUCUCAUUGUUUUAUUGUCACAUCUAUAUAUACAUUUGUGAAGCAAGAAACAAUAAAAAAAGCUUCGUGUGCCAUUAAUUUAACAAAACAUGUAUUCAGUACUGAUUGCAUACAAGAUGUAUGUUUAUAUAUACAGAAAGAAUACAGUUUCAUUUCAUUUCAAAGGCAGUAUAAAAGAAAUAUGAAAAUAGCAUAAUAUGAGAAAUAAACAAGUCCCUAAAGACAUACGGGUACAUAUUAUUAUUGCCAGAUGAGCAUAAAUAGCUUUUGUUUGGAGAUUCAGGAAAGCCUUAAGGGUGGAAUGACACAUCUUCUGAGUAAACAGGAUUGCAAAGGUUAUGAUUAUUUCAACACAAUGGAACAGCACAGUUAAGGCCAACAAACGUAAAAUGCACUGAAGCAUUAGGGAAUAUUGAAUGGCUUGACAUGAAGAAAGGGAAGGC